GUGGAUUUUCUUCCUGUUGUGGCGGUGUGUGUGUUUCUGAACAGCAAAAUUAGUUGGAAAAUUUGGUGAAAACUUAUUGCCACAAAUCGGUCUUGCGUGAAAUACUGCAUCACAUCUCGAAGCGAUCGAAAAAGCUCAUUUGUCUAACCGGAUAUUUCAGCGUUAGUAAAUCUUUGUUAUCUUUUGACUCUUCGAAAGGAAAGAUCCUAGACUAAUCGAUUUUCUUAACCGUGUUUGCCGUGUGCUGCGAAAUCGAGUGUUGCGUAGUUUUCUUGCUUAAUCGAGUGCUUUGUAUAGUAGAAGAGUUAUAAUUUGGACCGGUUUCUCCGGAUUCGACGGAAGAUAGCCUUUCGGGCUCUGCCGAGAGCGUCUGGUACGAUGUUGCCCUUUAGUCCUCCGAUCGUAAAACGCCUACUCGGCUGGAAGAAAGCAUCGGCCGAUGAUUCCGUGGAAGGCAAAUGGUGCGAGAAAGCAGUGAAAAGUUUGGUGAAAAAGCUUAAAAAGUCCGUCGCCUUGGAGGAACUAGAACGGGCCAUUACGACUCAAAACUGCAAUACAAAAUGUGUUACGAUUCCAAGAGCUCGUCCAGCCAGUGGUGAGAAUGGAGUUGCGUUGAGGAAAGGUCUUCCGCACGUUAUCUAUUGCAGACUUUGGCGUUGGCCCGAUCUACAGAGUCAAGCCGAAUUGAAAGCAUUGGAUAUUUGCGAAUACGCAUACCAUCUCAAAAAAGACGAAGUCUGCAUCAACCCUUACCACUACACUAGAAUCGACUCCCAGCAGCCGUUGACGAUUCUUGUACCAAAAAGCCUAUCCACAUCUCAGUCAGGUGAAGGUUCCGUUACCUACACUUUGGACGACUUAAGCAACACUGUACCAGUUAAUAUUCAGUACAAUAACGCAUUAAACGAAAACUAUGUAACCAGCCCACAACCAGUGCAACAGCAAACACAACAAGCUGCCCCGUCAUACAUGGAGGUCACACUGAGUCAGCAGAUCCCGACGAACACCACGAUUAUGGACUCGGUGAAUGUCGGUGUGAGCACAAUCCCAAACACCGAGACGCCCCCGCCCGGAUAUAUGUCGGAAGACGGAGAUCCUCUCGAUCAGAAUGAUAAUAUGACGGAUAUGUCCCGUCUGUCGCCUGCAAUGGAUGCACAACCGGUGAUGUAUCAUGAGCCUGCGUUCUGGUGUUCGAUCAGCUAUUAUGAGUUGAAUCUACGCGUUGGUGAAACCUUCCACGCUUCGCAACCGUCGAUUACUGUCGACGGCUUUACGGACCCUUCAAACUCGGAGAGGUUUUGUUUGGGUCUUCUAUCAAACGUGAAUCGGAAUGAGGUAGUUGAACAAACACGCCGCCAUAUUGGCAAAGGUGUCCGGUUAUACUAUAUUGGUGGCGAAGUUUUUGCCGAAUGUCUCAGUGACUCCAGCAUUUUUGUACAAAGCCCUAACUGUAAUCAACGGUAUGGGUGGCAUCCGGCUACCGUGUGUAAAAUACCACCUGGAUGUAAUUUGAAAAUAUUCAACAAUCAGGAAUUUGCAGCUUUACUAUCGCAGUCCGUCUCACAGGGAUUCGAAGCGGUUUACCAACUAACUAGAAUGUGUACAAUUAGAAUGUCCUUCGUUAAAGGAUGGGGCGCAGAGUAUAGACGACAAACCGUUACCUCAACACCGUGCUGGAUUGAAUUGCAUUUAAACGGCCCACUGCAGUGGUUAGACAGGGUUCUCACCCAGAUGGGCUCACCGCGAUUGCCAUGUAGUUCUAUGUCAUAAAAUGUCAGAGAAACCUAAAAUAAUACUAAAGAAGCAGUGCGCAAAUAGAAGACUCAUGUUUGCGUUCGCUUAUAUCGACGUAGAGAUGUAAAACAGAAAAACAAAGUAAAAUAUCAGACAUAUUUUGAAUCCGUACUACAUAUUAUGGUAUGCUGGAAAACAAAUCCCUAGAGGAUUACUGUAAUUAAUACGAUCGAUACCAGUUUUGACUAGUUUACUUUUAAGGUUUUUGCAUGAUUAUCAAUUAUUUUAAUGCUCGUUGAAAUAAUUCACGUUUCCUAAUUAGCGACGUUAUACCUAAUAUCUGGCCGGAAGCAUUAUUACCUUACAGCGAUUUUCGCAGAAAAAGUGCGUAGCAAGUGAUUAAAUAUUACAAAAUCUUUUUUUUUGUUAGCGGUUCCCUUGUUUUACUAUGAUUGUUUCCGUAAAUGUAAGUGUAUACAUUAUAUAGCGUUUGUGUUCUUUUCUAAUACAAAUGAGAGCAACCUUUGAUCCGUACUGCUUGAAGCAUUAUUAAUAAAAAUCAAAACGAUUGUUUGCAUUGAUGCAUACACGAAACCUUCGCUUUGUUGUAAACAUAUUUUAUAAGAAACUGUUAAAAAUCAAUGAAAAGGUGAAAUUCAAAAUUUCUUUUUACAACUCAGCUAAGCUCAGUCGGUGUAAAACGGUAGAAUAAAUGAGAAAAGAAAUACUGAUAAAAUUGGUAGAUGAUUGGUCAUUUUAAAAUUUAUGAAGGGACAAUUAAAGAGCAGCAUACUAUUUUCUGAAAAGAUUUAAUGACCGUUUUGAAGUGAUACGAUUAUAGAAUUACGAGAGGUAAAAGUGAAAACGCGAUAAGCGGCACAUAUAUGAUGUUUGUGUUUUUAUCCAUUAUCUGUUUGUUUUCCUUUUCGUAUGAAAAGUCAAAUAACUGCAAAACCAGCAAGACAAAAAUAGUGAUUAGUUGCUUGAAAU